CCCGUGACUAUGCCUAUGAUUUAAGUUCAAAAAGUUAUGGUGAAAUGAAUUCCAAUCUUCACUUGCAGCUAUUUCGUGCAUAUGUUGCACGACAUACAAAUAAAACAAAAGCAGCGUGCCAGGAAAGUACAAACAUCUUCUGGAGAGAUGCUAAAAAAACUUGUACAGACAAAACUGAUUUCGAAAGCAUUAUUUUAAAUAAAAUUAAAGAGCUAAAGCAGUCAACGACAAAAGUUAAGAUCGCCAAUAUUGCCCAGUACUUCCAACACCCCAAUGAAAAGAACAAUGAUAAAGAAACGCCUCAACUGAACGAUAGUUCUACCCCCGCAAUUGAACCCGACUGCAGCCAGAGUGAAACCGCAGACGUAGUUCAAAAUAGCAAGGACUCUGAAGAGUUUACUACGCCAAUUUGUCGUAAUACCCCAGCGCAGGACGUUCUGCGGAAUCAAAUUUCUUUACUGAAAGCUGAAUACAAUGUGGCAUUGCUCCGUGGAAAAUCAAACGAAAUUUCUAAAAUCAAAAAACGUAUUGAGUCUUGUAAAAAACAUCUCCGAAGAAAAAAGCUUCACGCUAUUCACUCCAAAAAGCAUAGGUUAACUCUUAAAUCGAAACUAGCAGAAAUAAGUGCAAAUAAUGUCGACGCAGCCAAUGUAACACAUAGUACUCCAGGCCGUCCUCGUAUUGAAUGUAAGCAGCCUGAGUUACUCAAAACAAUUGUCGACAUAGCCAUGUUUGGUGCUUCUGCCAACGAACGUCGGCGAAGUGAAAUUGUACGGAGUUGUCAAACCUUAAGCGACCUUCAUGAAAAAUUGUUACAUCUCGGUUACCAAAUAUCUAGAAGCGCGACAUAUUUGCGAUUAAUGCCAAAAAAUUGUAAAACGUCGGAAGGAAAAAAGCACGUUGUUACCGUACCUGUUAAAUUGAGUCGGCCAGAGGCUGAUCAUCACAAAAGCCAUUUGGACCAGCACUUCUGUGUCGCUACAAUUAGAUCGUUGGAAACGCUGGCAAGUAUUCUAGGCCCGCUGCAAGCAUGCUUUCUAUCGCAAGAUGAUAAAGCUCGUGUACCAAUAGGUUUAGCAGCUGCUAACAAGCAGGCACCUGUCUUAAUGCAUAUGGAGUACCGCGUUUCGCUUCCUGAUCACGAUUGGAUGAUAGCCGCCAGACACAAGUUGAUACCUAGCGUUUAUGCUGCAUGUGUAAUACAAAAUGGUGAAAUAGGACGUCCGGAAGCAGUAACCUACUCUGGACCAUCUUAUAUUGCCAUCAGAAGUGGAAAGCACUCGUCAUCGACCGCAUCCACACAUGCAUUUGAUUUUGAAAAACUUAUCACAUUAACUCAAUUCCGAAAUGUCAUAAAAGAUAAUUGUGGACGUGUUAAGCCGGUUAUUUUUGUGUCUUCUGACGGAGGCCCGGAUGAAAAUCCUAGAUACCCCAAGGUGGUUGCACAUGCAAUUCAUCACUUUCAAAAACAUGACCUCGACGCUAUUUUUAUAUUCACAAACGCACCUGGUAGAAGCGCCUUUAAUAGGGUUGAACGCAGAAUGGCUCCAUUAAGUCGGGAAUUGGCGGGGGUAAUACUACCUCACGAUUCUUUCGGCAACCAUCUAGAUGGAAAUGGGAAAACUGUUGAUCCAACAUUAGAGAAGAUAAAUUUUCGUAAAGCUGGUGAGGUGUUAGCUGAAAUAUGGAGUGGUAUGGUCAUCGACAGCUACGAAGUAUUUGCAGAGUACAUUGAAGCAGAUGCUAGAGCUGAAAAUUUUGUUCCGGUAUUACCAUGUACUAAGUGGUACAGCACACACGUUCGAGAAAGUCAGUAUAUGCUUCAAAUAGUUAAAUGCACUAAUAUAUAUUGCUGUGGGCAAAUGCGGAGCUCCCGACUAAAAAAUUUUACAUCACCGCUUUUUACCUCCUCCAUACCCUCUUCUGCAAACACCUAGUGGUCUAAUUGUCCCAAAACCUGACGCGCAUGAUGGAAAACAUUUCGCGCCUUUACUUUUAAGACUAUCGUUGGGAUCGAAACAUUUAAAUUUUGAUAUAAAUAAAAUGGCCUACGACUUCUUUUGUCCAACCAUAAAAGGGUUGA